AGAAGAAGUUUCAUGUUUCCGCCGGUGACUUCUCGGUGUCGGACGGGUCUGUCAAAACGAUCCCGUCUCUCCAGCACGUAGGCAACUGUCGAAGAGAGACCUCACAUGUACAGCAUAUAUGCUCUGCUGACACUGGCAGUGAUGUUACAGCGUAGCCCUCCUCAGUGAAAAUGGCAGCAGUACCUGCAGUGAGGGCUCUCCUCAGCCUCCAUCGAUCAGUGACAGUGCAGCACAGCUUUGGGCUUAUUAAAGUGCAGUUGAGAUCAACGUGCCUUCCCAGGAGUCUUAGCAGUGCUCCUACAAAAAGCGAUGAGCUGAAGCAGCCUGUGAACCUAGAGAAUGAAUCCCUGCUGCAGAACCUGAAUCUCAUGGGAGUUGAUGUGAAGAUGGCACGUCAGCGUCAGCCUGGGGUGCUUCGUAAAACCAUCACUAACGAGGAAGGCCUCGCUCAGUUUCUGCAGAGCAAAGGUGCCGGCAAGAGUGUAAUCGCCAGCAUUAUAUCCCGUUAUCCCCGUGCCAUCACCCGCUCAGUUGAUCACUUGGAACAGCGCUGGGAGCUGUGGAGGAACAUUUUCAAGACGGAUGCAGAAAUUGUGACCAUACUGGAUCGUUCUCCUGAGUCUUUCUUCCGGUCCAGCGAUAAUGAGAACUUGAAGAAGAACAUAGCUUUUGUGACCUCGUUGGGAUUGACCACCAAAGACCUCCACCGGCUGCUGACCACAGCGCCGCGGACAUUCUCCAACAGUUUAGCACUCAACAGGCAGAUGGUGGAGCUUCUGCAAGAUGUCUGUGCAGAGCUUGGCGGGAAGAAUCCAGAGGAGUUUGCCAAAACUGUCAUAUCCAAAAACCUUUACAUUCUCAUCCGAAGCACAAAGAGAGUCAGGGCAAACAUUGACAACCUGAGAGCAUCUCUUAACCUGAAUGAUUCAGAACUGCUGGCUCUUCUGCAAGGCCCCGGAGCAGAAAUCCUGGACCUUUCAAAUGAGUAUCUGAAAAAGAACUUCAUCAGUCUUCAACAGAGGAUGGUUUCGCUGGGCUGUUGGAAAGCUGACAUCAAAAAACUGAUCAACACCUACCCAAUGGUUCUGUACAUUGGGACAAACACACUGAGCGCUAAAUUGGACUGUCUCCUGAAAGGAGGAAUAACCAUGAGGCAGAUACUGGAGAAGCCCAAGGUUUUGGAUUUCAGCACACAGAACAUUACAGAGCGACUAGUGGAGCUGCAGAGAGUGGGAUAUGACUUCCAGAAGAAUGGCAUCAACAUCCUGGACUCUAGCCGAAAGCGGUUUGACGCAAAGAUAAAAAAACUUGCUGCUGCAUCAGAUGAGUGAAUGCAGUUACUUGUAAUGUUAGACAAUGUUUUAGCCUGCUUUCCCAACAUUUCAAUAUAUUCAUUCAUAUAUCUUGUAGGGCUGCAGCUAUCUUCACUAUCCAUUAAUCUGCUGAUAAAUGUCCUUGAUUUAUUGUUUGGUUUGGCUUGGAAAUAAGGAUCGCAACUUCCUAAAACCCACGGUGACGUCUUUAUGUUUCUGCUUUUGUCCAAGCAAUUGUCCAAAGUCCGAAGAUAUUCAAUCGACCAUCACUCAAGCUAAAGAAAGCAGCACAAUUAAGAAGCUGGAUGUUUUGAAUGUAUGAGAUUUUUGAACAAAUAAUCAAGUAUCAAAACAGGUACCAUUUAAUUUUGUGUUGACUGGUCAAUCAAUUAAUUAACUGUGAACUGUUUCAGAUCUAAUAUUCAGUAGUUAUUUUAUUCUUUUAUUUUUAUAAGAAUGUUAAAAAAAAAAAAAAAAAAAGCAUUAACAGCUGCCAAAAAUUCAAUCCCCCUUUAAAUGCACAUGCAUUACUAGGAAUUUAUUUUCAUGCUCAAAUGUGUGUAAAUGACUCUACAAGUUGGAGAGCCAAAUUCAUGUGAAGAUGCAAUCUUGAAAUAAAAGUGAUGUCCACACAAGGGUAUAACAGCGGACCACACGUGUCAUCCAUAUGAACAUGU